AUGCACAUCCUCGUGACCAACGAUGAUGGCCCCCCAUCCAAUCAAUCAUCCCCCUAUGUCCACCCCUUCAUUUCCGCCCUCCAAUCCGCCGGGCACAUCAUCUCCGUAGUCCUACCCCACCAACAGCGUUCCUGGAUCGGCAAAGCGCAUUUUGUGCAUCAGACCGUUCAACCUGUAUCGUACACGCCGUCGAAAGACCCGCAUAGUGGGGGCGAAGGGUCGUCGACACAACCGUACCGUGGUGGAGGCGGUGUCGCUACGACUACGACUGGGGGUGGGAGUGAGGGGGAGAAAUGGGUCCUUGUUGAUGGAACGCCGGCGACUUGUACGCAGUUGGGCUUGUUCCAUUUGUUCAAGGAUCGGACACCUUUCGACCUCGUGGUCUCCGGCCCCAACUACGGCAAAAACACCACCUCUCUCUUCUCGCUCUCGUCCGGCACCAUAGGCGGCGCUCUCGAAGCCGCCACUUUCGGCGUCAAAGCCAUCGCGCUGAGUUUCGCGCAUUGGACCCGCAAUCAUGAUCCAGAAAUCGUCGAAGAAGCUUGUAAGCACAGCGUUGCUCUAAUUGAGAAGAUCGGUGGGGGGAAUUAUUGGGGCGCGGGGGAGGGGGAGGCUGGAAAGGGGGCGGAUUUGUGGAAUGCGAAUGUGCCGUUGCAGAAGGGUGUUAGUGGGAAGAAAGUGAUGGUGUGUCCGAUUCUGGAGAGCAGGUGGAGGAGUGGGAGUUGUUUUGAGGAGGUUGGUGGGGCGGUGGUGGGGGAGGAAGGGAAGGGGGAGAGCGAGGCUGAGCAGGCGGCGGAGAGGGAGUAUAUGAUUAGGGAGGGGGAUGAGGACGGAGGGGCCAAGGGCGAUCUGGAGGGCAAAACGGUGGCGUUCACGUGGGCGCCCAAGUACGAUGAUGUAGCGAGGAAUAUUAAGGAUGCUGGGGAGGGGAGCGAUGGAUGGGCCAUCACGCAGGGCUUUACGAGAUUCAGACGUCGUGACACUCCCAUACCUCAUAUCUACGCUAUUGUCGACGCAGACGACUUUCUUCUUCCGUUGCUGCAUUCCGCCCUUCGUAACAUCUUCCCACCAGCUAACACCCUCGCGCUCAAAUUGAUCGAAUCCCUAAAUCAACUUCCCACACCCUCGUCGCCUCUCCUCCAGCUGACUUCGUACGAACUCGUCGACUUCUCUCACCUCCUCGCCCAUCCUAAUACCAGUCUAGCGAAUGCAUACGUAAUCCGCAAAGCUCUGAUCCGGAAACACUAUCUCUCGCAGACUGUCAGCACUUGGCUGACCAAGCAUCCUAGCGAUAGGAGUUUGAGAGGACACGUCCCAGAAACAGAGAGCUUUGAAUUGGACUUCGCAGAAUUUCUUGACGAAGCGCUGGUGGAGUGUUGGGGGUUGAAAGAGAGCUUUGUGAGCAAGGAGAGAGAAUGGUGGGUCCUGAAGCCAGGAAUGAGUGAGCAGGGGCAAGGGGUGAGGUUAUUCAGUAGCGAGGAGGAGCUGAGGCGCAUUUUCGAGCAAUGGGAGGAUGAACAGCCAAGCGAAGACGAAGAAGAGGACGACGGAGGGACAGAUACCCCUGUGGUUAUAAAUGGAGCUGAGCGAAUGGGUGCUGGCACGAUGACAAGCCAAUUGAGGCAUUUUGUUGUGCAGAGGUAUAUUGAUAGACCACUUCUAUUUGAAGAACUAGGGAGGCGUAAGUUCCAUAUUCGGAGCUAUGUUCUAGCCUCAGGGGCGCUGAAGGUCUAUGUCUACCGGGAAAUGUUGGCGUUGUUUGCGUCUUUACCGUACAAAGAGCCUGGUGAGGACGGAGACAUGGAUGAAAGGGUACAUUUGACGAAUACGUGUCUUCAGGCCGGGACCCUUGCCGAGGGAAGUGUUCAUCGUUACUGGGAUUUGCCCCCUUCAAAUUCCACCUUGACUAUUCCACAGGACUGGCACACGCAAGCUUUUAAACAGAUACAGGCAGCAACCGGAACACUUUUUGAAGCUGCUGCUCGCGAGCAGAUGAUUCACUUUCAGACUCUGCCGAACGCUUUUGAAGUGUUUGGUGUUGAUUGGAUGGUGGAUGAGGAUGGCAAUGCCUCUCUAUUGGAAGUAAAUGCCUUUCCAGACUUCAAGCAGAGUGGCGAAGGCUUGAAAGACCUAGUUGCUGGAUUCUGGCAGCAAGUCGUUCGAAUCGCGGUGGGCGGCUUCUUUGGGUCUCAAGAUGCAUCCUCGUUUCGCGGAAGCGAUGAAAUGAUCAAGGUACUUGAUCUGGAUCUGGGCAGAAAUUAA